UUUAACCAAUCACAGCUGCGCUAAUGUGCGGUGGGCGGUACCAACAUGGCGGCUCUCUGAGUUUGCGAAGAGAAAUUGAGGUGUAAAUAAACUCUUCGUGCACAUUUUGCACAACUUAUCAGCUUAUUUCGCCACAUUAAUUUAUGAGCGAGUGCUCUGAAGCCAAAAGAUGUCAGGUGACGGCAACAAAAAACAGUUCUGGAAGAGAAACACAGCCAAGGUUCCUGGGAAUAUCCAGCAUGUUUAUGGGGCCCAACAUCCCCCAUUUGACCCUUUGCUACAUGCCAAUCUGAUGAAAGCAGGAAACAAGCCUCCGACUGCAACUACGCCAGGAAAACCAAAGAAAGCCACCACUUUUCAAGAGUUCGAGAGCAUCACCAGCGACGCCUGGGAUGUGGGAGACGACGACGACGAACUUCUCGCCAUGGCGGCCCAAAAUCUCAACAUCGAGGUCGUCAUGGAGACGGCUAAUAAGGUGAUCGAAAACCACAGCAAGCUGCAGGAGAGAAGACAGCAGCAGAUGGACAAGAUGACCGAGCCUGACGAAAAAGACGGACAGGAAGCGCACGAGGAAGAGGAGGAAGAGCCAGACGAAGAAGACGAGAGAGAGGAAGGGGCAGAGACGACAGCAGAUCUGUCUUUCAGUUUAGAGGCUCUUCCGCUCAGCGACAAUAGACUGGUGAAGUCACACAGUGAAGCUCCCGUCGGCUCACCUAAAGAAGCGGGAGUUGAGCAGGCAGUACUGCACAGACAGCAGUCACUCCCGCACAGGCCUGUGAUUCCAUUGGUGGCCCGCAUGGCAGAUCAGAACACAUCCGGGACUCCUGCCUUGACCGAGAGGGAGGCGUCAAGACUCGACAAGUUCAAGCAGGUUCUGGCCGGACCUAAUACUGAUCUGGAGGAGCUUCGGAAGUUGAGCUGGUCUGGAAUUCCACGGCAGGUGCGCCCGAUCACAUGGAAACUGCUCUCGGGGUACCUGCCAGCCAAUGCGGAGCGGAGAGAAAGCACCUUGCAGAGGAAGCGGCAGGAAUAUUUUGGCUUUAUCGAGCAGUAUUAUGACUCCCGUAAUGAUGAACACCAUCAGGACACGUACAGACAGAUUCAUAUAGAUAUUCCCCGGAUGAGUCCGGAAAGUUUAGUUCUGCAGCCGAAGGUAACUGAGAUUCACAUUGACAUACCGAGAACUAAUCCUCUUAUACCUCUCUUUCAACAAGCUUCUGUGCAAGAGAUCUUUGAGAGGAUUCUGUUCAUCUGGGCAAUACGGCAUCCAGCGAGUGGUUAUGUUCAAGGCAUCAAUGACCUUGUCACACCCUUCUUCGUCGUUUAUGUUUUCGAGUAUAUCGAGGAAGAAGUGGAAAAUUUCAAUGUUUCCAGCUUGCAGGAAGAGGUGUUGCGGAACAUCGAGGCUGACAGCUUCUGGUGCAUGAGCAAGCUCCUGGACGGGAUUCAGGACAACUACACCUUCGCCCAGCCUGGGAUCCAGAGGAAAGUGAAGGCACUGGAAGAGCUGGUCAGCCGGAUUGAUGAGACGGUGCACCGCCACAUGCAGCAGUACGAGGUGGAGUACUUGCAGUUUGCCUUCCGCUGGAUGAACAACCUGCUUAUGAGAGAACUUCCUCUGCGCUGCACCAUUAGACUCUGGGACACUUAUCAGGCAGAGCCUGAAGGAUUCUCUCAUUUCCAUCUGUACGUGUGUGCUGCCUUCCUGGUGCGAUGGAGGAAAGAGAUACUAGAGGAGAAAGAUUUCCAGGGUCUGAUGAUCCUGCUCCAGAAUCUACCCACAAUGCACUGGGGAAAUGAGGAAGUCAGCGUUCUCCUAGCUGAAGCUUACCGGCUGAAGUUUGCCUUUGCCGAUGCUCCUAACCAUUACAAAAGAUGAGGCUUCGCCCAGCACAAUCACUGAACAUGACGAGCCCUGCUGACCUCGGAGAUGCAACUGUCUGUGUAAUGAUACUGAACUGAAACCAUGACAUUUUUUUUUAUGGAGAUGGGAAUAUGAUCCGCAGCUGUUCCUGGAAUUUUUCCGCAUUUCUACUAAUAUCAGCACUCCGAAUGCCAUGAGUCGCCCGGAUGUCAAAAUCGUGCUCUUGAAAUACAUUAAUUUAAUCAUUGUUUCGUAGGCUUUUCUUCUUUUAAUCACAACCUAUACCGAGAUUUUUUUUUGUUUGUUUUUUCACGCACUGAGCCUUCGGGAAGUUCAUUUAGAUGACGAGAUUCUAGGAAGUGACGGCGACGAUAGGAUGGAUUCUGGCCUGAUUGAUUUGUGGCAAUAAUAAGACGUCAUUUAAAAAAAACGUGGUUUAUGAACAUACGCAGUAAGGUCUUUUGGCUUAAACGGCGCCUACGAACGCUUAUUCUAACCUUGGUCUACCUCAGGAAGCGGGCGGGAUUCGUAGGGUGUUCGUUUCGUCUCUGCAUGUGAACGGCGCCCAUGAGGCUUUGCGGUGAAGUCGAUAAAAUUUGCCUUAUUUUGGCUGUUUCAGUUUCGCGAGGCACGGGUUCAGUGAAACGAAGGCAGCUGGAGAUGCAAGUACUGAUGAAAUUUUUGCUUUCCCUGUUGCUCGCGGCCCUGUCAUUUUGACACCCCGUUUUGAUAUUGAUAUAAUAAUCCGUACCGACUGUACAACGCUGUCAUUAAUAGAUGUGUUUGGGGGAUCUCGGCUUCUGACUUUUGACAUUUUGUCAGUAUUUGAACUGUGCGCCGCUUCAAUCAUGCCAUCAGGCUUUUUUUUUUUAAUUUGCGUGCCAGUUCUUACAACUAAAUAUAAGUGUGAAACUGCACUUGAUGAGUCUAUUUUCCUCCUUUUUGUACAAGAUAUAUUCUAUGAAUCCGCUUUUUUAAAUUCUUUCUUCUUUUUUUUUAUAUACUGUUUACAUGAGCCUGUUAAGUUGUGCCUAACUCUAGAGAUUGACGACAUCACAGAUAUUUAUUUUACGUUCGUGAUCAUUUAGGACGCGGCAAAAGCGGAACGUUUGCCUCGACGACAUUUGCUCCUGCGCAAGCAGUGAAUUCAGCAGCUCCGCAGCUUUCCUCCGGCCGUUUGAUGGGCCGUAGAAUUGAAGGGAUUUUACCGUAACUGACAUUCAGUGCCUGGACAACGUGGGGUUACCGUACGAGCUACGUGGGUUGCUGGAAGGUUUUCCGGACGCCGAGCUUCUUGACUUCAAACUACGGAAACAUCCGAAUGGAAUUUUAAAAGUGUGAGUGAAUUAAAUAGCUGUGUACAGAAUUAUGUUUUCAAAGAGAUGUAAAUAGAAAAUGUGUAAAUAAAUACUAUAUAUGGUUA